GCAAGCGUAACUAGGUCACAUGAUGUAAAUACAGUCGUACGCGGGCACCUGUUGAACACAAGUUUUAAGUCGCUGUCCGUUAAAAUAGGGGAAAAAAGUUGAUGUUGAACAGGUAUGGAAGACUACCAUUUGGAAUUGCUUCGAAAGGCACGACCUAUUAUCGUCAAGAAUAUGGCAGAUAUUGGAGCUGUUUGUGACCAUCUCAUUGCUUUUGACAUCUUGACCGAAAGUAUGGCUGAGGAAAUCUUGUCGAAGUCUUCGAAUGCCAGUAAAGCAAGAGCACUGUUACAUGUGCUGGUGAUGCGGGGUCCAAAAGCCUUUGAUUUAUUUCAUUCAACAAUGAUAAUCACAAAAAAUCACACAAUUGCUGACAUUUUGAAACCACCUGUGUCACCUCAAAAAUUGAAGAAAUCAGUAUCACUUCCCUCCCCAGAAUGUGAAGACUUCCCUGGUGAACCUGUUCAAUUAAAGUAUUCAACUAUUGAUCGGCGAGCUAGGAAACAUCCUCUCUCACGUCAACAAGGAGUAGACGAUGCUAAAACAGAGUAUGGAGAAUAUGAAAUUGAAACGUCACAGAAAAAAGGAACAGAAAGUAAAGAAGUAUUUGGGGCAUUAGCUCAAGUUUGUGAGGAAAGCAAUCUUAGUUCAGGAAUUCUAGUUUCUGGAUCUGAUCAACAUGUCAGCCAUUUUGCCUCUGAGGAUGUGAGUCAAGAGGCUGACAUUCAUCGGGAAAUGGACGACAUUCAACGUUAUAGGGAUCGUUCAGAGAAUGUGGGUCAUUCUUUUGACCGCUGGACAAGUAUUCCUACGGACAGUAAACAGAUCACGGACCCAUUUACUAGCUCACAGGUUCAAACUGAACAGGGAAACCAAGUUCAUGUUGCAAGCAAGGAUGAUUUUAUUCAACAUUUAGUUGAAACAUCGUCUUCAAGUCAGCUUGUGGAUGAGGAUGAGGAUGAAAUGGAAGAUGAAGGGAGGAACUGGCCGGCCACAAGGAAACACUCACGCCCGCUAGUCCACUUAACUUUCCGACAACCAGCAAUCGAUCGACAGAAGUUUAUAAAGGAUAUAACAAGCAAUGAGGUUUAUCAUAUUGAUCCAAAAUGUCAAAGACGACUUGUUAUCUUCAAUAAUUCUGUGUUCCCUGGAUUGCCACCGAGGACCACUGGAAAUAUUGAUGCAACAAGUUUGGAUCUCCUCUUCAAGAAGAUGAGUUACAGUACAAAAACUUACAGUGACUGUUCUUGCGAGAGGAUAAUGGAUGUUCUAGGUGAGGAGCUAAACAGCAACACGUUACAUCACAUGGAAACGUUUAUUUUAAUACUUUUAUCUCAUGGUAAAGGGGAGAAGAUUUACGGAUCUGAAGGCAAUAUGGUUGACAUAAAGGACAUCACAAAACUGUUUGAUAACGAGCACUGCCCAGCCCUUAAAGGAAAACCAAAGCUGUUCUUUAUUUCAGCCUGCGAAGGACAACAAAAUAAAUCAGGUGGGGAGGCCUGUGUGGAUUCUAGUCUGGGAAAUGUAGGGUACGACAGUCUCUCACAGGACAUGCUCAACAGUCUCGUUUCCAUGGAAAUGGAUGACGGAAGAACUGAAUCUAGUGACAUGUUUAUUGCCAGGGCAACAACACAGUGUGACGCUACAUUUCAGCAAGUCUCCUUUGGGUCACAAUUUAUCCAAGCUCUCGUUCAUGUCAUAAAGGAGCAUUCAUUUAUUGAUGAUGUAGUAACUCUUAUGGACAAGAUGAACCAACUGGUGCAACGACCUAGUGGGAGCCCCCUUGUGGAAUAUUCAAAUACUCUCCCAAAAAAGUUUUAUUUCUUUCAUAAUUCUAAACACUCAUUAACAUUGACAAUUUAGAAUUAUCAUACUUUUUUUUCUAUCUUGGCCCUUUGAAAGAAAGACAAGUCAUUGGCCGCCCACUGUUUCUCUUCCUUGUAUAUUGUAACUAAAGUUUUACACACUUUUGCACUGGCAAGGAAACCCUGUAGGGCACUAGUGUGAUAUUUGUUUGAUUAUAAGCUGUUGAAAGGAAAGAAAUGAAGGACAAUCAAGGAAUUCAACACCAAAUAAAAAAUAAAUAAAUAAAUAAAUACAAAAUCCAACAUACCUCAACUUUUUUCAAGGAAAGAUAAUUGAUGCAUUAAUUUAAUUUAUAAAUCAUAAAAUGUUGCUAUAACCUCACCAAGUUGACAACAUCAUCUUUACGUGUCUUUAAAUCAUUUCUAUAAUUCAGUAGUUUGUAAGGAACUUGUCACAAUUAUAAUCAAGUCCAUUCCUUUUGUGUCAUUGUAAAUACAUGUAUUUUAUUAGGUUUAACAUAUACAUUUAGUAAUUUAUUAUGAAUUUUAUUUUCAAAGUUGAUGACCUUAUGUCAUAUGUAUAUCACAAGACAUCAUUAUUUUUAAAACACUUUAUAGAUGUUUUCAUAAGAGAAAUUAAUUUAAGUUAUUGCAAUUUAUUUUGUUGUGAAAAUUCUAUUGGAUGCGAGUAUUCCCUGAAACACAAUUAUAGAAUGACAGUGUUAACACUAAGAGUGAUUAAGUCAAAAAUAAUUACCGUCCCUGUCAAAGAUUAUAUGAAGGGAUGAAUAUUGUAUGUAAAUGUUUAAAUGGUGAGUAAAUCUUUUAUUUGAAAAGUAGGAUGUGGUCUAAAGUUGAUCUGAACUAUUCAUUGAUAAAGGGAAAAGUAUUUUCAACAUAACUUAUCAGGAAAUAUUUUUGCCAUAUUCACUGAAAUAUCCAGAUGAGUGAUACAGGCUCUCUUGUUCAGCAAUACAGUAUACUGUACUGUAAAUGUAUCUUGACUUUAAAUCUGCACUUUCAAAUUAUAGUGUAUUAUACAAUUAACAGAUUAGUUUGUCGGUGAAUUAGCAUACCCCACUUCAUGCGAUUAAAAUUAGUCACCUCAUGAUUUUUUACAUUUACAACUUUUCACCACAAAGUUAUCCAUGAUCAACCACAGGUUUUCAUCUCUGAUUAAAAAUAAAGACUCCAAGAUUUCUUAUUAUGUAAUAAAUAAAUAAUAAGUUUAUAUCAGAAACGAAAACCUGUGUUUUCAACCAAGUAUUGUACCAUUUAAGCUGUUAAUAUGAUGGUAAAGGUUAUGUAAAAUAUGUAGUAUAUUAUCUGUUGUGUGAAGUAUUCAUUAAAUCCACGUACUUAUGUUUAAAUCAAUGAUCUAUUAUUGAGAUGGAGACCAAACAAAUUUAUUUGUCAUUUAUCCUUGUAUAUAGUUGAUGAGAUAUUAUGAAAAUCUUAAAAUAUUGUUCAUGUCUGUGCAGUUUUGCGCAAGAAUCUGUGUAGGUGACCCAGUUUGGAUGAGUAACACUAAGCCAUUUAAUACUCUGAGUUUAUAAUUAAUUAUUCUAAGUUGGAAAGAAAAAGUUAAAAACACAUAUAUGUGCAUAGUGUCUGCCUGGGUUGGGGGGCAGGUGUGUAUUCAGCCAUGAGUGGAUGACUACUGGGUGUAAGCACCUGAUGGACAUUUUUGUCGGAAACUCUUGUUUUGACUAGGCACAUGCCUCCCAUCCAGGUACAUAACAUGCAAUAUCAAACAUAUCUAUAAAUUCUAAUUAUAACAGUAAUGGAAAACCCACUGUAUAUAUACAUAGAGAAUUUGAAUUUCUUUCCCCUGUACAUAUACAUGUAUUACAUGUGCGAGUGUGUGUGUGUGUGUGCGCGCGCGUGUGUGUAAUACUAUAUAUUACUCUACAUUGUAUGCUAUUAAUACCGGAUGGUUUUUUUUUUGUUAAUAUUAUUAUAACAUGGAGAGAACUUAAAAUAGGCUUAAGCCUGAUGUUCAAUCCUAUUGUUUUUCAAACAAUAAAAUUUGUUGAAAUGAAAUGAAAUCCAUGUAUUUAUGUUUAAAUCAAUGAUCUAUUAUUGAGAUGGAGACCAAGCAGGUCCUGGUUUCUGACAUAUCUUGCCAACUUCAUGGAUUCAUGCAGGAGUUUCAUGAUUUCAGACUCCCUGCCCUGCUUCUGAAUAAAUUCAUCAAUAAAAAUCUCCAAAUUAUGAGUAAACCUGUCUUGAUAACCCUGUAUGGAGCCCCUAUUCAUCUUGUUUUGUUUGUUAAAUAUGAUGCACGUGAAAUGUGUUGUACGGUCGAAAAUGCUACUCCCGCACUAUUUAAUCUCCCCCAUGAAGAUUCUAGAAAGUUGACAGGUAUGGUUUCAUCAAUGUGUCCAACCUAAGGGAAUUCAAAUCCUUAACUUAAAUAUUUUUCAGAGGAAAGUUUUAUACAAUAUCAUGAAAAAGUUAAGUUAAGGAACUUUCUUUUUAAACUCUGUGAUGCGUCAUAUGGAUUUAUUUUAAGUUCAGGAAUUUUCUUAGUUUAAGUAAUGUUGAUUGAUGAAACCAGGCCUGCUGACAAGUCAUGUAUUUAUUUAGUUUUAUAGUUUUUAAUAAAUCGAUUUCUUGUAUAAUAACAAAUUAAACUAUUGGAUGUGUUUGACUUAGUGUGGAUUGAGAGCCAAUGUAUAAUGUAUGUUAUAUAUGAUGUGAAAGUUUUGUCUGUUAAAGAGGCCAAAUUGGCUUGGCUGUUAUUCACUUAUAUUCUUCAGCUUAUGAGGUGAAGACUGGAAAAUUGUAUUCAAGUAAAUUUCAUAGUUGAUUUAUUAGCAUUAAUGAGGAAGACAAAUACAUGCCCUUUUAUUUUUACUAAUUGUUACCCACAUGUAGCUAAUAGCAUUACCCUUGGGGGGAAAAAGGGAAAAAUAAGGACCCCUGUGACCUUGUAAGUAUGCCAAGGUCGUUAAUUGGAACACCCAACUUUUUACUUGCCAAUUUCAUGAUCUUUCAUCAAUAGGUCUGUUGGUUUAAAUUACAGGAAUUCGUUGAUGCCAAACAUUUGCUACACCUCAGCACUACCUUACUAGCCUUUAGGACUUAGGAGCUAAAUUGGUUUUUAUGUAAAGUGCAUAUACUUCAGAACAAAAAUUUUGCAUUUUCUUUUCAAAGAUUACAUGAAUUUUAACAUACAUCUGCCAUAUUUGAUCACAAUUUCUGCUCCCAUAGAGAAAAAAAUUGACAAAAUUUCCAGAAUAUUUCAAAAACAUAUUUCCUUGGAAUUCCAAUAUUCUGUGUUAGUGUAAUGUUACAAUACUGCUAACCAAAAUAAAGCUGUAUGUAAAUGAAAUAUUGUAGAUAUGUUAUAGAUGAAGUAUUCAUGUCAAUAAUUAUAUAAUUAGUAAUUAAUAUGAACAUUGUCCUUGAUUACACUGUAUAAAACUUGAAUAUAGUAAUGUUUUUAGGAAUCAUUAAAUCUUUAUACAAAUG